AUGGACGUGAGGAAGGACCGACCUCAUCUGAAGCUCCACCAGACGCUUGAACCUCAUCCACAGAAGUCCUAUGCUCCAGACAUCAUUGGAUCUUGGAGUCUGAGAAACAGAGAACAACUGAGGAAGAGAAAAGCUGAGGCCCAGGGGAGGCAGACGUCACAAUGGCUCCUUGGAGAACAGAAAAAACGCAAGUGUCAGAGAACAGGAAAAGGACAUAAAAGAGGCCGAAAGAGACAAGGGAACAUGGAGCAAAAGGCAGAGCCUUGUUCACAAACAGAAAGGGAAAGGGUGCAAGCGGUUUUGGUGCCCGCUGAGGAGGAAACCGAGCACCCUGGGAACUCUGCACCGGAAGCCCUCCCCUUGGUACCAUCCCCUACAAAAGCUGUGCCUGCAGAGCAGUGUUCUGAAGUGCACCAAGAAAGCACUCAGUGUCAAGAAAGAGCAAUGCCAAACCAUUCUCAAACACACCUCUCUCCUACCAUGUGCCAAGGAAUAGCGAUACUUCAACAUUCUCCUAAAAUACACCAAGAUAUGGCCGAACCUGAGGCAUUCUCUCCUAACACGUGCCAGGAGACAGCUGUGCCCCAAACCUAUUCUCCCAACGCACUUGAAGAAAUGGCUGGACCUGAAGCACUCUCUCUGAAAAUGUGCCAGGAAACAACUGUGUCCCCAAACCAUUCUCCCAAAGUACCCCAAGAUGUAGCCAGACCUGAAGUCCUCUCUCCUAAAACACAUCAAGAGACGACUGUUCCAAAAGCCGUUCCCUGUAUACCACCUGGAGAUGCUGCUGGCCUGGAGGGAUGCUCCCCACAAGCCUUCCCCGAAUCAGAUGUCGCCGAAGGCUGUCCACUUGACACAACCCCCACGUCAGUCACACCAGAACAAACCACUUCCGACCCAGAUCUGGGAAUGGCUGUGACUGAAGGCUUCUUUUCUGAAACCCAAGAGUGCACUGUUUCUGAAGGCAUUUCUACAAAAACACACCGAGAAGCAGUUGAACCUGAAUUCAUUUCUCAUGAGACUUAUAAAGAAUUCACUGUGCCUAUAGUCUCUUCUCAGAAAACAAUCCAAGAAUCACCUGGGCCUGAAGAAUAUUCACCUGAAACAUUGGUUGCAAUACCUGGGCCUGAGAACUAUUCACUGGAAACCUGCCAUGAAAUGUCGGGGCCUGAAGACCUCUCUACCAAGCCCUGUAAGAUCAGGGAUGAGCCGAAAUGCAGCCUUCCAGAAGGAGCCCAGGAAGUGGGUGGGGCCCAGGGGCAGGGCCCUGAUGCACAGGACAGUGAGGACACCGGAGCUUUCUCUCAAGAUUGUACAGAAAUGGAGGAAGAAAACAAAGCAGAUCAAGAUCGGGAAGCUCCAGCAAGCCCACAGGGUCCUCAAGAAACCUGUCCGGAAGAUAGCAUUUACAGCUCUGCUCUAUUUUAA